GGGAAAUUGACACGUCAGAUCUUCAUUCAAUCCUGUCGCCCCUAACAACAAUUAAUAAAUCAGUUAAUCCGGCAAACUAUUCCACUUAGGUUAACCCUCCAAUUCCCUGAAUUCAAUGGUUAUCUUCUAGUAAGGUUACCACUGUUGGUCGUCCGUAGAUAAAUACGACUGGGGUCGAAGAACUGUUUGGAAUUACACUUGAGAUAGGUGUAGCAGCUGACUGAGCAAUCAUGAAUAUUUUCCGGUUAUCUGGGGAUCUUUCCCAUCUUAUGGCGAUUAUAAUACUUCUCCUCAAGAUAUGGAAGACGAGGAGUUGUUCGGGAAUCAGUGGAAAGUCACAACUGCUUUUUGCUCUGACGUACACGGCCAGAUACUUGGAUCUUGUAACGAACUUUGUGAGCGUGUACAACACGACGAUGAAGGUCUUCUUUAUCGGGGCCAGUUAUGCCACUCUCUAUUUGAUGUAUGUCAAGUUCAAGGCAACGUACGAUUCUAAUCACGAUUCAUUCAGGAUCGAAUUCCUCCUGCUUCCCGUCACCCUUCUGGCCCUCAUUGUGAACCACGAAUUCUCCUUUAUGGAAGUGCUGUGGACAUGGAGCAUCUACCUUGAAGCUGUUGCAAUUCUUCCGCAAUUGUUUAUGGUGUCAAAAACCGGUGAAGCUGAAACAAUCACGAGUCAUUAUUUGUUUGCUCUUGGGGCCUAUCGAGGACUUUACAUCUUGAACUGGAUCUACCGCUAUAUCGACGAAUCUUAUUACGACCUCAUCGCGAUCUUUGCUGGCAUUGUACAAACGGUUCUCUAUUGUGAUUUCUUCUAUCUUUAUGUUACCAAAGUGUUGAAGGGCAAGAAACUACAAUUGCCAGCCUAAGCAAGUCCAAAAUUGAACGAGGAUGCACGAAACAACUUGUUUUUCUUAUGGGGGGUAUUUAAACAUAAUAUAUAAAUAAGCAUGCAAAAAACUGAAACAUCAAGUUUCAAUAUUUAUCUUAUUGAGUCCUGUCGUAAUCAUGUUUUUGGAAUCUUGACAUUUCAAUUGUAAAUAAAUUUUGUAACUCACAAUAAUUUUUGCAAGGAAAGAAUCGACAAUUUAUUGUUUUAGCCUAUUAAUUAAUUCCUAUGUAUAUGUAUAAUAGAAUAUACUAGAUCUCUAAUUUAUGGUUGCUUUCCAAUUUGAUGCGUUAUAACUACAUAAUAAUACGAUAUUAAUUUUUUAAUGGCAGUCUUAUUGCCGAAAAAGAAGCACGAAGAGGAUUACGCAAUAAUAAACUUAAAUUAUCUGGUGCUUUAUAA